CUUCUUCUUUUUUUGUCGUUGCUCUAAUAACAAAUUCCAAGCAGACCAUUCUCGCGCGAGAAGAGCAGCAGAGAGAGUUUAAACCAAAGAAUCUAAACUAUCUAACAAUGGCGAACGCUGAAGUAGAUGUUGUAGAUUAUGAAGACGAAGAUAUGGAAGAUGCAGUUGAAUUCGAUGCACCCAAACUCAGAUCAGCCGUUACCGAUUCCUCAUCUGCUCCAUUAAAGACCAAAGGACGAGGUUUUCGUGAAGCAAUGACAGCUGAAGCUGAACGCAAUACUCGCUUCGCUUCUAAGGAUUUUGAUUCACUCGCUUCUGACGGUGGUGGUCCUGCUGCUCAACGAUCUAUCGAGGGUUGGAUAGUUUUGGUUACUGGAAUCCACGAAGAAGCUCAAGAGGAUGAUCUACAUGCUGCAUUUGGUGAGUUUGGGGAAGUGAAGAAUUUGCAUCUAAAUCUUGACCGCAGGACUGGGUUUGUAAAGGGAUAUGCAUUGAUGGAAUUUGAGCAGUUUGAUGAAGCUCAAGCUGCCAUAUCUGCAAUGAAUGGUGCGGAACUUCUAACACAGAUCAUCUCAGUUGACUGGGCCUUCAGCAAAGGACCAUUCAAACAAAGGAACACCAGAAGGAGAUCCCCACGUGGGCAUCGCUCGAGGAGUCCUAGGAGACGCUUUUGAUUUCGUUGGCAUUCGGGUGGUUGUGUGUUGUCCCGAAGGAUUUUCAGUGCUACUUGGCGACAAUGAAUUAUAUCUGGUUGUGCCUAUCUGCUAGUUUUAGGAUUGACCUGACUUUUUCUUUUGCGUUUUGUCUAUCAAUCUCACUUUAUUGAUGUGAACACAGAAUUAACAUAUGCGAAAAUCUAGCUACUCUUGGUUUAAAGAUUUUGUAUAUUUUUGCGUGAAAACUAGUGAAGUUUGGUGCCGUAUCCAUUGCACCUCUUGAAUUA